AUGGAGCUUGUCAGAAUGCAAACUGAAAUCGAUAGUCGUCUGGGAUGCAGAGACAAUGCCAAUAUCCCAGUUGGUUUAUUCGCUACCCCUCGUUUCUUGUCGAAGAUAUUUGACAUGGUGGAAGAUCCAAACACGGAUUCGCUCGUAUCCUGGAGUUCAAACGGGGAGAGUUUUGUGAUCUGGGAUCAUAACCGGUUCGCUGCAGAGCUUCUUCCCAAGUACUUCAGGCACAGCAAUCUGGCAAGCUUCAUCUAUCAGCUCAACAACUAUGGGUUUCGAAAAGUUAACUCCGAGAGGCAUGAAUAUGAGAAUCAAUGGUUUAGGCCGGGGAAAAAGGAUUGGUUGAAAAGCAUCAGAAGUCGAGUUCAGAAACUGAAAAUGUUGCAGAAGAAUGGAUCAUUUACAGCACCUGUUACUGAAGAUUUGGAUGUGGUGAUGAAGAAAUUGAAGGCUGAACAGAUAGCUUUGAGGGCAGAGAUUCAGAAGCUGAAAGAACAGCAAGAGAACAUGCAAAAAGAGUUUGCCAGAGCUCAAGAAAUAUUGGAGAACAGUGAUGAUGAUGAGGAAAGGGUUAUCUCAAGUUUCUCUCUGGAAUUUCUCCAGCUGGUUAAGCGAAAAGCGGGGACCGAUAACGAUGGAGGGGGCUCUAGCUCUGGAUCUGGUAAGAAGAAGAAAGCAGUGGUAAUUCAACCAGAGUUGCAGUGUUUAGAUGAGGGGAAAAAGGAGGAGGAGGAGAAUGCAAGGAAUGCAGAGAAUUGUGCAUUUUGGAAGAAGAUAUUUGAGGAUGAUUCUGAUGCAGAGAAUGGAGGAGUGGAGCCAUUGAAAGACCCUAAGAUCAUGGUGGAACUUGAUGAUAUGAUGGCAUCCAAGAUUGCCAUGGAAGAAGGCCAAAGUUUGAUUUCCAAGGUUGCUGGUUUAGAAGGAGAGGAGGAUCAUGAGCCUCAUCUUCAGCUUUGGACAUAG